AUCAUCUUACGCGACGAUCGGUUGAUCGGCGGCGCACGCGACAUCAAACCUGGAAUGAGCGACCUGGACAAGGCCAUCGCGCAACUGCGCUCAUGUCGUCCCAUCCCUGAGACUCAAGUCCGCGAGCUCUGCUACAAGGCCAGAGAGUUAUUGAUAGAAGAGGGCAAUGUUGUCACAGUCAACGCCCCCGUCACGGUACGUCAACCAUGCUCUACUCUCUUGCUCGCUUCUUCAAUGCUGAUGUGCCCCAGANUAUGCGGUGACAUCCACGGCCAGUUCCACGACUUGAUGGAGCUUUUCCGCGUCGGCGGUGAUGUUCCCGAUACCAACUACCUCUUCAUGGUCCGCUACCCCGAUCGCAUUACCCUCAUCCGCGGAAACCACGAGUCGAGACAGAUCACAACCGUCUACGGCUUCUACGACGAAUGUCUACGCAAAUACGGCAGCGCAAAUGUCUGGCGAUACUGCUGCGAGGUCUUUGACUACCUCGCUCUCGGCGCUUUGAUCCUUGGUGCUGCCUCAGAACUUAGUCCCACAUCUGCCGAGCUUCCCUCAGACAUACAACAACCCUUUCCAGAAUCGCUCGAAGACGUCGAGAUCGAAAUCAUCAACUCGCACAACCAAGUCAUGAACCGCUUCCCUCGUCCGAAAACCUCGACCGAAUCCUCCGUCCCCAACAGUCCGUCAAACACUGGUCCUGCAGGCACAGGCGCAACAUCAUCAAGCGGCGGUUCAGCUUCAAAUCCAGGCGGUGCCGUGCUAUGUGUACACGGCGGCUUAAGUCCGCUGAUCGACAGCAUCGAUAAGAUCAGAUUGAUUGAUCGAAAGCAAGAGGUGCCCCACGAAGGCGCUAUGUGCGACCUCUUGUGGUCCGAUCCAGACGAUAUCGACGGCUGGGGUCUGUCACCACGAGGAGCUGGCUUCCUGUUUGGUGCUGAUAUCGUCAAGCACUUCAAUCACAAGAACGAUCUGAGUUUGAUAGCCCGAGCACAUCAGCUGGUCAUGGAGGGUUUCAAGGAAAUGUUCGACAACACAAUCGUCACCGUCUGGAGUGCGCCAAAUUACUGCUACCGCUGUGGAAACGUCGCUGCCAUCUUGGAGCUGUCAGAAGAUGGAGCUAAUGGCGGAUACACACCACGCAGCAACGGAGAAAUUGAGAGGUCACCAGGCGUUGUCACCGACAUGGUCUUGAAACAAGGCCCAGGCCGAAGGUAUCGUGUCUUUGAGGCAGCGCCGCAGGAUUCUAGGGGAAUGCCUGCGAAGAAGCCAGUCGCCGAUUACUUCUUGUAG